GAUGAUGAUGAUGAGGAGGAGGAGGAGGAGGAGGAGGAGGAGGAGAAACACGGCGUCGUCUGUUGGAGGAGAGGAUUAUCUCCUCCGCCCGGCGGCGGGACUAUCGUUGCCAUGGGAUGUCCGACUUCUGAGUGUCGCGACGGGCCCAUGCGUGUUGCCGGCCAGCUCUUGUCACCACCGCUCGUGGGGCCGUCUGACUUUGCCGUCAACCCGCGCAGUCCAGCCGCCUUUAGAGACUUGGCGCCCGGAGGACCGGUGCGUGGUUGUCCAGUCUUCGAGUGCAUCGACAUGGCGGCGUCUGCAGAGGAAGAUGUGAAAGGGACACGAAGAUGCUUUUUAUUGGGUCUGCAGGCAGUUGUUCCUAGGACGGUUGCCCACGAAGCCGACUCUUUGAGAAUCUUGCCACCUGCUAGUACACGCACAAGCACACAAGAUACAGCAUGUUUGUUUCUAUGUGAAGUUGAGCAAUUUGCCCCAAUUGAGGCUGAGGCAGAAGAUACUUUCUAA